UGUUCCUGUUCUCUUUCUUAAGUAACAUCAAAUGCUGUCCGUGGAUGGGUGGCUCAUUGUCAGGACAGCAGCAGGCCAGAGAGAUUGUUACAGGAGCUGGAAUACAGCCGAACACGGCUGCUGCACUACCGCUGGACAGAGAGGUAAAUGAUGGACACAGACAUUCUAGGUUUCAGACCAGACAGGAGGAGUCCUCAUAGGGAAGACCUGAGACCUGUCUCUCACCACAGUCUUUAUCUGAGCCCACCCCCACUCUACCUGAACCCAACCAAACUCUCCCCCUUCCCGACCAGAGAGGCCUACAGCCCCCUGACUCACCAUCGGCCACGGGGCUCUGAGGGCAUGCAUUACACCCAGAGGGAAGGUUCCCAAAAACGCAAAAGAAGGCCACAAAAAAUGGAGGGUUCCGAAUCCCCUACAGGAGACAUGGAGGAGGUGGAGCGUCGAGGCAACACCAAAACUGUUGAUCUCAACCACCUUCCGUUCUCCUUCCCUCCUCGCCCAUGUCUCCCUCCCUCUCCCAUGCCCAUUCAAGGUAUGAUCGACCUGAGCCGGCUCCAGCUGCACCACAGGGCUAUGUCCAGAUAUGAGACAACUAUGGGCCUCCCAUUGCAGGUGAAACAGGAACCACUCAGCCCCUCACCUUUGUGGCCUCCCUCUCCUAUCCUCCAUCACCACCCUCCUCCCCUAUUCUUCCCCCCUCUCCUCCCCUUCCCCUUCUUCAUGCCUGGGCCCAUCAUGCACCUCUCUCCUGGAGCCUUUUACCCCGGAGAGGCACCACGACCUAGUCGGCACAGCCCAGGCAGAGGGCCCCGAGGUGGGAUGACCAGCGCUGAGAAGCUGGGUCUCAACAUCCACAUCGACGACAGCUAUCACGUAGAUGUAGGAGGAAACCAGAAGCGUUGGAAGUGCCGUACUUGUGAGAAGUCAUACACAUCCAAGUAUAACCUGGUCACACACAUCCUGGGCCACAGUGGGAUCAAGCCUCACAGCUGCCAUCUGUGUGGGAAUCGGUUCAAGCAGCUGAGCCACCUGCACACUCACAUGCUCACCCACCAGGGCACACGGCCACACAAGUGCCAGGUGUGCCACAAGGCCUUCACCCAGACCAGCCACCUGAAGAGGCACAUGAUGCAGCAUAGUGACGUGAAGCCGUACAGUUGUGGGGUGUGUGGGAGGGGUUUUGCCUACCCUAGUGAGCUGCGGGCCCAUGAGCUGAAGCAUGAGAAAUGCCAGGAGAACGUGUGUGUGGAGUGUGGUUUGGACUUCCCCACUCUGGCCCAGCUCAAGAGACACCUGACGGCCCACAGAGGUCCCACUCUUUACAGGUGUAGUGAGUGCCAGAAGAGCUUCCAGUACCCCAGCCAGCUGCAGAACCACAUGAUGAAGCACAAAGACAUCCGGCCAUACAUCUGCAGCGAGUGUGGCAUGGAGUUUAUACAGUCCCAUCACCUCAAACAGCACACACUCACACAUAAGUACUACAUGGUGAAGCCAGGACAAAGAGCAGCUCUCCUCAAAAACCUUGAGCCCAGCAAACAGACAAAUGAGACUUUAGAGAGAGAUGGGGUGAAGGAGCACAAGUGUCGUAUCUGUGGUCGGGAGUUCACCCUCUUGGCAAACAUGAAGCGCCACGUCUUGAUCCAUACUAACAUCAGGUCUUACCAGUGUCACCUCUGCUUCAAGAGCUUUGUCCAGAAACAGACCCUCAAGGCCCACAUGAUCGUCCACUCUGACAUCAAACCCUACAAAUGCAAGCUGUGUGGGAAGGAGUUCAACAGAAUGCAUAACUUGAUGGGCCAUAUGCACCUGCACUCUGACAGCAGGCCCUUCAAGUGCCGCUACUGCCCCAGCAAGUUCACUCUGAAGGGGAACCUCACCCGCCAUAUGAAGGUCAAACACGGGAUCAUGGACAUGGGCCUGAAUGCAAGAGUGUUCAGGCGGCGGGGGCGGUUCUGCUUGUCGGCCCCUCUGGGUCUUCGUGCCCGCUCCAGACAGGAAGAGCCUUUUGACCUCUCCCAGAAGCCCCGGCCACCGCGGCCCAGCCUGCGCCUCUCCCAGUCGGACGGGGAGAGCGUCCUGGGGAGCUCCUGCCAGGAGGAGGAUGAGGAAGACAGCCUGUACAGGAGGAGCCAGUACAGUCCUGAGGUCUACCAACACCACACUGGGGGACAGGGGUACAGGUCUGAGACAGAUAGACAGGUGUAUGGACAGGACAUGGAGACAGUUGGACAGGGGUACAGGUCUGAGACAGAUAGACAGGUGUAUGGACAGGACAUGGAGACAGCUGGACAGGGGUACAGGUCUGAGACAGAUAGACAGGUGUAUGGACAGGACAUGGAGACAGUUGGACAGGUGUACAGGUCUGAGACAGAUAGACAGGUGUAUGGACAGGACAUGGAAACACGUGGACAGGUGUACCCGCCGAGGGCAGGUGAAGAGGUUUAUCAGCAUGUGUCAGAGCCAGGUGAUGCAGAGGAAAAGGUGUACCAGUGUGUGACAGGUAGACAGGUGUAUGACUCCGACUCCGAGCUGGGGGGCCAGCUGUAUGAACAAGAGGCAGGUGGACACCACAUAGGUGCCAAUGUGCGUUACCCUGGGUCAGGUAAUACAGGUAAACAUGUGUACCACUCAGAUUCAGAGUUAGAUGACCAGUUGUAUAAGCCUGACCCUGACCAGCUAGAGAUAGUUGACCAGGUUUACCAUUCUGACGCAGGUGAAGAGAUGAUGGACACACCUGAACCAUGUGAAAGAGACUACCACUCAGACCCAGGUGUUUUAUCAGAAACCAUAGGGCCUGACGAGGAGAAAGAAUAGGAUUUGGUGAGAGCGGGUGCUGGGUAAAGGAAGAACAGAAGAAGAAGCAUAGACAUUCUAAGCAGGAGGAAUAGGAGUAGGGAAUAGGCUACUGUGCUGGGUAAAGGAAGAACAGAAGAAGAAGCAUAGACAUUCUAAGCAGGAGGAAUAGGAGUAGGGAAUAGGCUACUGUGCUGGGUAAAGGAAGAACAGAAGAAGAAGCAUAGACAUUCUAAGCAGGAGGAAUAGGAGUAGGGAAUAGGGUACUGUGCUGGGUAAAGGAAGAACAGAAGAAGAAGCAUAGACAUUCUGAGCAGGAGGAAUAGGAGUAGGGAAUAGGCUACUGUGCUGGGUAAAGGAAGAACAGAAGAAGAAGCAUAGACAUUCUGAGCAGGAGGAAUAGGAGUAGGGAAUAGGGUACUGUGCUGGGUAAAGGAAGAACAGAAGAAGAAGCAUAGACAUUCUAAGCAGGAGGAAUAGGAGUAGGGAAUAGGCUACUGUGCUGGGUAAAGGAAGAACAGAAGAAGAAGCAUAGACAUUCUAAGCAGGAGGAAUAGGAGUAGGGAAUAGGCUACUGUGCUGGGUAAAGGAAGAACAGAAGAAGAAGCAUAGACAUUCUGAGCAGGAGGAAUAGGAGUAGGGAAUAGGGUACUGUGCUGAAGAGAAGAGGGUCAAGAACCAUUCCAAAGGGGGUGGGGAGACAUUCUUAGCAGGAGGAAUAGGAGUAGGGAAUAGGCUACUGUGCUGAAGAGAAGAGGGUCAAGAACCAUUCCAAAAGGGGUGGGGAGAUAUUUAAGUAUUACCUUGAACAAGCUGUGAAGCCUGUUGUAUUUCAGUCUGAUAGGACUGACAAUACUUGUGCAUGUGAAAAUAUGUAUCUUUAAGAAAAUGUUACAUUUGCAUGAAAUUGUGAUGUAAAUAAAAUGAACAUUUUAACUAGUACUUUUAUAAAGCCAAUCUGUAAUUAAUGAGCAUGGGAUUUCAAUGUGAUAACAAUCAUUUAUCUUUUGUAUUGGUAGUUUUAAAUGAUUUUCUACUGAAAGUUUCAAUUAGUCUGUAAAUUGUGUUAUUUUGUUUUGAGUCAACAAAAGUUAUUUCAUCUAAUGAGGGAAGCCAUGAUUUUGUGAUUUCUUGUAAACGCUUGAGUGACUGACUUUGAAAUAAAUGAGUGUCUGUAAUCUGUAUUUAUAAAAAUAUGAA